CCGCCAGCGACUGGGCCCGACUAUGACGUGGCAUUGAUCAAACUGAGGAAACCAAUCAAGUUCAACAAUGACGUAAGACCUGUAUGUCUGCCCACCAAGGAUUUUCCUCCUGGAACUAAUUGCCAUGUCACUGGAUGGGGCGCUACACGGGAGGGGGGAAAUAUUGCACAGAUUUUGCAGCAAGCAAAAGUUCCUCUUGUAGCACGUGACACUUGUCGACGAGCAUACAGCGACCUGGGAUUGCCCGUUACGAAACGCAUGCGCUGUGCAGGUUUCUCUCAGGGAGGAGUUGAUUCAUGCCAAGGAGACAGUGGAGGUCCGCUGGUCUGUCCAAGAAAUAGCAAGUGGUAUCUUAUGGGUAUCGUCAGCUGGGGCGUUGGUUGUGCGCGCCCAAAUAGAUUCGGAGUGUAUUCUGACGUGUUGGCUCUUAAGUCCUGGGUGGAGGAAACAAUGAAUAAAAACCCAACUCCAUAAUUGUCGAGGGCAGUAAAGAGAUUGAAAUUGUCGGUUGAGGACUAGCUUAUGUUUCACGGAAAAUAAAAGAAUCACGGCAAACUAAUAAAAAUAAUCUCGCUUAACGGUUAAUUAUUCGGGUAAAUCCCGAUUUGGGUCACAUUUCACGAGAAAAUGUUAUAUUUGACGAUAAAAUAACUCCUAAGUAACUUUAUCCUGUAAGGCUAAUGCAUUAUGUAUAAGCAAUAAAAGAGGGAAUGCAAA